UAUCGACGGCGAUCAGCGUGUUCCUGGUUACGUGGUCACAAGCGAAGCCCCAAGGGAAAGCUCCUCCAUUGGCGGUUCUCGUCUCUGUCUCCCUCUCCGUUCCGUUCCUUCACGUCCCGUCCCAAUCCGUUUCUUUCCCCCUUUCUGGAGAGAAGAGAGAGAGAGAGAGGGGAGAGGGGGGAGGAUCGAAGGGGAUGAUGGAAUUGGACAACAUCGAGUGCAUCUCGUCGUCGGACGGGAUGGACGACGACGAGGGUACCGCCCACCAUCUUCCCCACCCCUUCUUGAAGCCCCACCAUGUCGGCAGCGGAAACGGCGGCUGCGGCGGCGUAGUGGGAAUCGGGGGCAUCCCAGCGCAGGUCAUCUCGCCGGCGACCAGCGUGCACGAGCUGCUCGAGUGCCCCGUCUGCACCAAUUCCAUGUACCCCCCGAUCCACCAGUGCCACAAUGGGCAUACUUUAUGUUCAACCUGUAAGUCAAGGGUGCAUAACAGGUGCCCCACUUGCAGACAAGAGCUUGGAGACAUCAGGUGUUUAGCAUUGGAAAAGGUGGCUGAGUCACUUGAGCUUCCUUGCAAGUAUUUCUCACUAGGUUGCCCAGAAAUCUUCCCGUACUACAGCAAACUCAAGCAUGAAGCCCUGUGCAAUUUCAGACCAUACAACUGUCCAUAUGCUGGGUCUGAAUGUUCUGUUGCUGGGGAUGUUCCUUUCCUGGUUGCACAUUUAAGGGAUGAUCACAAGGUUGACAUGCAUACUGGCUGCACAUUCAAUCAUCGUUAUGUGAAGUCCAAUCCUCGAGAGGUUGAAAAUGCCACCUGGAUGCUAACUGUGUUCCACUGCUUUGGGCAGUAUUUCUGCCUGCACUUUGAGGCCUUUCAGCUUGGGAUGGCUCCGGUUUACAUGGCAUUCCUCCGUUUCAUGGGGGAUGAGAAUGAGGCAAGGAACUACAAGUACAGCCUUGAGGUUGGUGCUAACGGCAGGAAGCUCAUAUGGGAAGGCACUCCUCGGAGUAUCCGUGACAGCCACAGGAAAGUUCGGGACAGUCAUGAUGGCCUCAUAAUCCAGAGGAAUAUGGCACUCUUCUUCUCUGGGGGUGAUAGGAAGGAGCUGAAGCUGCGGGUUACUGGCCGAAUAUGGAAGGAGCAGCCAAACCCUGAUGCUGGAGUGUGCAUACCCAAUCUGUGUAGCUGAUAGUUGUGAAGGUGUGCGCAAUUUGGGUGUUACUUUAAUUGGGUUUGUAUUUGCAUCUCUUUUGCCUAAGUUGUUGUUUGUUGUCAGCUGACAGUUUGAUUGCACCGGUUAAAUUAGUGAUAGGGCAAGACGUUCUGGGAAAGAUCUUAAACAAUGCUGAUACUGGGACUUUGAGCUCUUGUUAAAUUGUUAUUAAGUUUUCCCUCUGUAAACUACUGCUUUUGCUUAUGUGGAACUUUGGGUCGUCUGAGCUUAUCUCUGUAUUUAAUGGACGCAAAAGAUUGGAUAAGUCAUCUUUUGUAAGAAAGAAUAUAUUUUUCUUAUGAUUUUUAUAUAGUGUAGAUCAGCACAAA